GGCGAAAGGGUAGUGGGGGCUCCUGACCCGAGGCACCGGCCGCGGAGCCGCGCUCAGGGCGGGAGGCUGCCCUGACUCUGCCCCCCGAGGGGCUCCCCCGGGGCUGAGCGGCAGAAACGUUCCGUUCAGCUCGGCUGCCUCCGCCGUGCUUCCCUCGGGGCGCCUGGGAGCCCUGCCCCGGCAUGCUGCCCGCCUGCCUGGUGCGGGCCGCCCCGGGGAGGUGGCUGCUCGCUCCCCCGGGCUGGGCGCUGCUGGGGACGGGGACUGGGCCGGGGCUCUGCCUGAAAUGGCGGCGCCAGCCCCCCGGCAGGGAGCUCGCCCUGCUGCUGCGGGCCGCCCGGCGGAGUAUCGGGACGCGAGCCGGGGGGCUGAGAGCUGAAAAACCGGGCGAUAGUAGCGAUAAGCACGUGUCCGUGCAAAGGGGCCGGAGAGAAGAAACUCUGCUGUCGGCUGCUCAGAAAGUGAAAGAAGCUGGAAGAGACUUUACCUAUUUUAUUGUGGUGCUUGUUGGAAUUGGUGUCACAGGUGGUUUGUUCUAUGUGAUUUUUAAAGAGCUAUUCUCUUCUUCUAGUCCAAGUAAGAUCUACGGAGAUGCCUUGGAGAAAUGCAGAUCUCACCCUGAGAUAAUUGGUGUUUUUGGUGAAUCUAUUAAAGGUUAUGGGGAGGCAACAAGAAGAGGAAGACGACAGCUUGUCAGUCAUGUUGAAUACGUAAAGGAUGGACUGAAACAUAUGCGUUUGAAGUUCUAUAUUGAGGGCUCUGAACCAGGGAAGCGGGGAACAGUCCACGUAGAAGUCAAAGAGAAUCCUGAGAGAGGAAGAUUUGAGGUCCGCUACAUAUUUGUGGACGUUGACACCUAUCCUAGAAGAACCAUUGUCAUAGAAGACAACAGAUAGCCCAUGAUGAAAGUUGCUGUCCCAUCUCAUUGAGUAUUGGAUGAUACUGGUGUAGCCAGUCUACACGUGAAUUGUUUGGUGUUCUCGAUUGUAUCUUGCAACUUUGGGGUUGUGUUACAGGAAGUAGCCUCUCAGGGCCUCCAUUAAGGUCUUUCAUAAUAACAGAUACAGGAUUCGAAGUGAAGCCAAUGAAAUAUAGUAGAGCCAUCACUUAUGGCAAAUAUUUUUGACACGGGAAGAUAAUGGCUUAUAAUAAACAGUUUAAUGCUGGAUAAUACUUCUGCACACCCAAAAGCUGAGUCUUCCAAGAUUUUAGGUUUGGAUGGGGAGUUCUUUGUCUUCCUUUGCUUGGAUUUCCCACUAGCACUGCAAUAAAGAAAGUGGUAUUUUAUGCGUAGACAAACUCACUGUUUUCAUUCUGGAUGCCUUUGUAGGUAAGAAGGUAAAAUAAGAAUGUAUGUUAGUGGUGCAAAGGAGAUCUAGCGCAAAGGCAUGUAAGGAUAGGAAUUGUGGAGAUGCACACCUGUGACAAAUGACUGAAGAUAAAGACUUCCGUUAUUGGUGUCUUCUAAAGAAGUUAAUGGCAUACAGAACAGCGAUACUGUCUGCUCCUUCCAAUGUUUUCCAUGCUGCUCUGCAGUGUUGUAGCUGCUCAGCACUGCCCACAAUAUUUCCAUUAACUAAUCUAAAUCUUCUGGGAAUCAGAUUCCUAUAGGUUUACCCAAACUCAAAAGCUCAACUCAUGACCAUAUUUCUCACCUGGGUUUCUUCCUUAGUGCAGCAUGGCAGAUAGCAAGCGUAACCCUGUGUAUUAAUAAUCAGACUUAGUCGUGCUGAUCUGUCAAGCAGCACCAGCCAAAAAAUUUCAAGCUUUAGCUUCUUACAUUUAACCCCUUUCUUAAACACCAACUAAUGCAUUUUUCGGUAGUUACUAUCAUACAUUAUGAGCUUUUUAGUUCACUAGUGAAUUAUCCCUACGUUAAAUAUACACUGAUGUUCGAUUAUCAGCCCUUAUAUGUUCAUUUAAUGGUACAUUUGGACUGUUCUAAAGUUCAUACGAUAUUCCCUCAUACAAUGCCACAAAUAUCAUGUAUAGACCUGUAGUAAUACUUUACUGGACUUUAGCCAUCCUGUUUAUCUGUGUCCCAGUAAUCUCAUUUGCAUAAUCAUAACUAAACAUAAUACUUUGUUAGACCUGGAUAACUUUUUGCUUUAUGUUAAUCACUACAACCUUGACUUCAGUCAGAUCGUCAUAUUGUGUGACAGUAUUCAGUGGGGUCACGCGUUCAUCCCAGUUCUGUGAGCAGAGCAGAGUAACCAUCCAUUAUAGCGGAGCAGCCAGCAGUGUCCAUCUGCAUUAAACCGCAAAGCAUUUUGGAGUUUCUACGCUGUAUACAACAUAACUGACUUCUACUGUGCAGGCCAAAGGGAUUUUUACAAAACUUUGAACAUCAGUUGAGAUUGACCAAAGUGAUUUCAUAUCCGUUAGUUUCAGCAGAGUUAUAAAUUUGUCUGCUGGCUUUCAUCCCUUGAUGGAUGCUUGUCAAGACUAAAACCCACAAUUUUACACAUAGUCAAAAGCAAUGGAAGUCUGUGUUGGUGGCUCCCUACUGUAUGAGAAAUGGUUGUGGUACUUGAUAUCAUCACCAUGAAGUAACUUUGAUAAACUUUUAUCUUUGCCUACAGUUACUGACAUCAUUAAUGUCCAUCUGGAAAGGUAUUGUCUUUAAGUAAUGAAAGCAAUUGACUCCCAUUGUUCUUCAUGUUAUUUUCCUGAAAGCAGGAGAGUCAAUAACACCUUUUGACUUACUUACACUUAUGACUCUUCCCAAUUCUUAGCAUUACACUUGCCAAAACUUCUGUUUCAGAAGAAAUUUUCAAACCAACAUAAUUGAUUAUAACCCAGUAAAAAAAAAAAAAGUAUCUGAGGCCCUCAUUGUUUCAUUGCAACCUGCUGCAGUACUGACUGAUAGCAUUACAUGCCACGUUUACCUGCCACCACCUACGUCCAUUUGCUAUAGGCAUGUGUCAUACCGUGGUGGUUACUGAAAACCAUCUCUGCAAGAGUUUUGUCAUGAAUGCAAGAUGGAGCCUGUUGUCAGAGCACAUCAGAAAUACUGCAAGCUAUGUAAGUUUAUAAUCAUACUAAGAUUCCUAGCCUUAAGCCCAUGCUGUACCUUGGUAAAAAUGUAAUUGUUCUUUACCUUUUACAAAGGAAGACUACAUAAAAAUACACAGUUUAAACUAGAAAAUGUAAUACUAUUUUCGCCCUUCCUUUAUGACUUUUUACCAUAUCAGGCUGCCUGAAAGCCAUUGUAAACCUUCAUGUCAACAACAGAACAGACGGGCUAGUUUUUUUCCUGUAACUCUGCAUCCCAGCUUUGCUUUCUUAUUAAUCCAGCUGUGGCUUGUUUUCAGUGGGCUUCACUGCUCGAGAAAGUAUUUCCUAAAGCAAGAUGUAAGAAACAUUUUUCUACAGUAAACGGUAUAGGUACAGGAAAGAGGCCAGCCGUUAGGUUUACUUUUGUCUUGUUUUAGAGCCUUUUUUGCACUGAAGAAACAAACUGUCAGGACUAGAAAAUUUCUGGGAAGGAAAAGAUGAUGACCUCACAUAAUGAUGUUUUUCCAACAGUGCAGGUACGUGAAAUUCUAUGUCGGGGUUGUGGUAAAACAGGAAGAAUUGGCCAUUGGGGUUUAUGUGUAUGUUUGGCUUCAGCUUGAGAAGACGAACUAAGAAUUUGAUUAUUUGCAACCAGAUUUAUUUACAGUUUUUUUCAGUAGCAAGGACUUCCUAACAUACACAGAAAUAUAAUGUAUUUCAAGGGUUGCGUGAAAGAACUGUCUUAUUUGGAAAUCAGAUCCCUGGUUGGUUGGUCCCUUUGAGACAUCAGAACUUUUUAAAGUUGUCUGUAAAUCUGUCAGUACCAUACAUUGUUCUUGCACUAAGUGCCCUUGUCAUACUUUGGCAUUUGUGUCAGGCCUUACUAUCAUGCUCCCUAGCUGGGAAAAAAUGCUACAACUGCAGGUGUCAGAAGAAGUCUUAGCAAAGUCAACAUAAUGAUUCUGUCUGGCCCUUUGGCAGCCAGUCCAGACCGGUAUGAGAAAAAUGGAGACAGACCAAAACUGGCAAUAAGGAAGAGGCACAAGUAUCGUUUAAAAGACACAGAUGGAUGUGGAGUUGUCCACAGUGCAACUGACCUUCAUGAUUUCUCCAUGAUGCUAUCACUGUCUAAAAGCAAAGUACAAACCUCUGGUUUAUUAAUUGCAUUUCAAGAAACUGAAGAAUCCAGAGAAACAAGUUGGGAUUACUUUCAAGCUUAUUUUUUGUUAGGGUAGACCCACUAUGAGAGGGUUAUAAAUAAAAUGUUUCUCAUCCUGUACUUACAUGGAGUUGUCGUUUUCACCACUCAUCUUUCUCCUGUGGAGUUCCAAGAAAGAGGUGGGUGAGCACACUUGCUCAAAGCAGCAGGAUCCACAGCCGCAGUGGCACCCUCCAUAUACUUCUUAACAAAGAAAACAUCUCUCAGGCUGGAAAGAAGCUGCAGAGGAGGAGUACAUCAUAUAUAAAUCAUCUUUGUAUAUCAUACUGCUUCGUAAAUGCCAGAAUACUAGCGAGGUAGGAUAAUAUUUUGCUUUGAAAGAGUGGAAAAGUAAAACU